GAGUUAGAGACAGAAAGAUAAACGAGAGUGAGCGAGAGAAAAGUUCAGAUGGCGUUACCGACUAACUUACUUAUUUCGCGCAUGCGCACUCCGUUUUGGCCAACACUAACAUCAAAGGUGCCGACAGGGAGUUGCGCUACUGUAUAUACUGUGUUAUUAUGCUUAAGCUUUGAGCUUGCCUUAUUGCUACAAUUAUAAUGAAUAAAUGCAAGUGAAAUUAAUAAUUAUUAUUAUUAUGUUAUAUGUGCUAUAAUUUAGAAGAUAUAAUCAUACAAAAAUAUGAUAUUGUAUAAUACUUAAUAUUCAGAACUCAAAACUUUGUAAAAAAUUUGCAUUUGUCGCAAUAAUUUUUAAUGAAACAUGAGUGAAAUAGAUAACAAGAAUGUUCCAUUAAAAUCUAAAUGCAAACUUUCCAAUCAGUCGUAUUCUACGGCUUGCAACGAAGAUGAUCACGAUUGGUGGGCGAGUGACAGCGGUUCCAGCACAGGAUCGUAUUACUCCGAUACCGACAGUUCUGCGGUUGAAUGGGAAUCCGAGAUUAAACCCAAUGGAGAAGUAUUUUACAUAGAAUCUGUAGAGGAGAGUCUGUUCGAGUCUGGCCAUACAACUUUGGACAAUAAGAAUGACAGUUCUCAACCUGAAUUGACUCGUCGUCGUAGCACAAGAGCUGGUAAAUUGUUCCGUCUAAUCAGACGUAAAGAGAGUAAGCGGUGGAGUACGAGAAAUAAGAGGAUCAACAAUAGCAAUGCGGCAAGCAACACAGUCGAACAAGAGAAAGGAGAUGGCAGCGGAAGCAAGGAAGUCACAUUUCGAGAUUUCCAGGCAGGAGAAACUCGUCAAGUUACAUUGUGGAUUGAUCCUGAAAGAAGACAUAAGUUGGGCAGAAGAGCAACCUUAUGCGAAGCAUAUUUUGGUAUCAUACCAAAAGCAUUUUCAGAUAAAGUGAGAGUUAUGGUGGCAGGAUUUAUACCCGAUGGUGAAGCUAUGAAGAAUAAAAAUAUUAAAAUUGGGGAUUGGUUACGGAGAGUUAAUUCGAACAAUGUUACUUUUCAAAAUUUAGAUCAGAUAUUAUCUGAAAUCAUCACACCAUCAAAUGUAAUAUUAGAAUUGGAAAGAGUAGCUGGUGUUGAUGUUACUGCAAAACUAUCAAGAAUAAUUCAGCCAAAACAAUCGAUCUUAGCCCAAUAUUUAAUAAAUAGAGAAAAUAGUAAUUCCUUGAUGGAAUUGUUAUUGGAUUAUCCAUUGGGUGUAUUAUAUUUAAAAACUACAGAUCUUUCGGAAGUAGGCCAAGAAUUGCAAGGUGUAUUGUACACAUUUCCACGAUCUGGAACUAAAAACAUAAAUUCUUCCUUGUGUACGGCAAGAGGAGCUUUUAUAACUCUUAAUCAUUUAUUACCUAGUAUAGUAAACCUACAACCUGUCAGUACGACUAUCCGCAUAGGCGAAAAAGAAGCACAUGUCGUAUAUACAUCUCGCGAUGAUGAAUUGCUUUUAAUAACUUUACCCGAUAAAUGCUGCACCUCUCAAGAAGCUAUCAAGAUUACGGAGGAUAUUGUUAGAACAUUAGAAUUUACUUAUCAAUCAUUGACAAAGUGCUUUACUUCUGUGGAAAAUCAAUCUUCCUUGGAUCAUUUCUUCGCUCUAUUUAUACAUAGAUUAUUAAACAUCAAAGAUUCUUGCAAAGAUACUGAUGCAAGAAAAAAUUUAUCAAAAUCGGAAAAUAGUAUAGAAAAUAUAGAAAAUUAUAAAUUCAGAAGCGCUUUUUCCAUUGCAAGUUAUAUACAACUACCGAGAGAUGCGCAGAUUCAAAUAGACGCAGCGUUAAGUGAAAUGGAAGCUAUGGAUUACAGAGACUGGAAUGAGGAUCCUAUGGAUUGUCAGAGAUUAUAUACUAUAUUAGGGAGUUGCAUUUAUCAUAAAUGCCAUCUUUUGGGAUCUCAUUUACCUCACGAAGAUUUGAUCGACGUGCAUUCAUUUCUGAGACACAAUGGUCUGUUGAAUCUGGUGAAUCAGGAACAAGUAAAGUGCCUUGUUCUGUGGAAGCAGAUUUAUCCUUCAUCUUGCAAUCGCGGCGGUAUUGAUGGUAGCAGUAGUGAUCAAUUUUUAAUACCUAAUGGAAAGUGGUUUUUAUUGGUUGUCGGAUACGGACACGAUUUAUUAGCGGUCCUGUUGGAAUCUGGAGGAUGUACUGCAAAGUAUAAUGAUGCAAUAGGCCCGGAUGUAUUUUAUGUAGAAGAAGCUCAAGAGACGCUGAAGCAUAUACAAAAAAUAGGAAUCACAAUUUUGGCCUCAAAGUGGAUUACAUCUAAUGCCAGACCAGAAGUAAUACCAUACGAGGAACAUGCAAUGACAAAAGUGUCAUCCAGUAUAACGGAGAAUCUACUUGGUUUAAUAAAAUUGUCCGACGCGCAAAUUGUACCGCCUAAACAAAAUGUCAAUCCUACUAAUAAAAAGCUGCAAGAGCUGCCUUCUAUUUUGAAGAAACGUAGUUCUGAAGACAGCCCUAUGAUCUCAGGUUCUGAUUCGCUCAGUCAAGGAACAGGUGGAGUUAGUGAAAUGAGUGACGAGGCAAUGCCUAUUCUUGGAAGACGAGCAACUAGAGAAAAAAUCAAUUCGGCAUCGAGAUAUUCCGAUGACAGUGAUUCAGAUAUCGACAUAUAUAAGAAUGAUAGUCAUGUACUCAACACAAUGGAUAUAUCCAAUAUACGGGAAAAUUUAUUAAAUCAAGUUGAAUACUUGAUACCGAAAAAAUUGACUGCUGGUGAUAAAAAUUAUUUAUAUCAUUACGUUCACUUAGACACAGUGGAAGGGAUUCUAUUGUCAUCAAUACCAAUUCAAAAUACAUCAAACGACAACAGGAUUCUUGUUAACUUCAACAAAUGUGUACAUGUUAUCCAUAGACUAUUACAUAAUACAGUGAGAUUUAAGAAAAUGUUGAAUCAAGAUAUAGAGAAAACUGCUAUCAAUAGAAGUUUAAUCGCUAUUAAAGAGCAUGGUGUGCUAUUUGAAUGGGAAAAUAUAACAUUUUGGGUAAUUGGACGUCUCUACACAAGCCCCCAUCCAAAGGAGUUGUAUGUGUGCCAUCAAGACGCUGCACCACAAAAUUUGAUCGAAAUAGCUUUUCAAUUACAUUCAUAAUUUUUAUAUUGUAUAUCUAAAUGGAAAACACACGUUUUUAUCCAAGUCUUUAUUUUAUUAAAAAUUG